AUGGGGGCUACUAUUACAAAGCUGUACAACCGCAUUAUGUCCAAGCAGGACGUACGGAUCCUAAUGGUGGGUCUGGACGCUUCCGGUAAGACCACGAUACUCUACAAGCUGAAGCUAGGAGAGGUUGUUACCACUAUCCCUACCAUCGGUUUUAACGUUGAGACGGUAGAGUACAAAAACAUUUCCUUCACUGUGUGGGACGUGGGAGGGCAGGACAAGAUCCGACCACUGUGGAAGCACUACUACACUAACACUCAAGCCGUCAUCUUUGUUGUAGAUAGCAAUGACCGCGCUCGCAUCAAAGAUGCACGUGAAGAGCUACACAAAAUGAUGAACGAAGAUGAACUACGCGAUGCUUUCUUAUUGAUUUAUGCUAACAAGCAAGACUUACCCAACGCUAUUCCAGCGACUGAGCUCUCCAACGAACUUGGACUUAACCAGUUCGGUAACCGCACUUGGGCUCUACGAGGAAAUAUAGCUGCUUAUUCCCUCAGGUCGCGCCCGGUGUCUCCAUCGCUACAGUUGAUAGCUGUGGCUCCGAAACUGAACGGUUAUAAAGCUAAUGGGCGAUUAAAACAUAUUGGGAACAACAUCGGAACUUAUGUGCCUCCGGAUGUUACCUGUAAAACGCGAUUGAGCGCUUGGCGCUCAACAUCGUGGCCGGCCCUCUGCCAGCGUUUUGCUACGUGUCUGACAAGAUGUAAAGAAGCUCGUACUAUAAAUGACCUCAUUUCAUUGGUACAUUCUUCUAUAGAGCAGAUUCAAGUGGCGUUGUACCCAUUUAGGAAGUCGACACUGAUAUACCUCUUACUUUUCUCAGAGGUGAGUCAUUUUGCAACCAACUUUUACCAAGCCAUACAAAACAUAACACACGAGUAUAUGGCACGGAAUCACGCUGCCGUGCUGCACGCUUCUCCGCGACUUAGUGCUCAACAUACAGAAAAAAUUCGUGCCGUUGCAUUGAUGCACGACGCUCUUUUGAACUUCGUGAAAAAUUUGGGAUUAACUUCAGAUGCUUCUCCAGUUGAAUACGAUUGUACAACGCACGAAAUAUCAAGAAGUUAUUGGAACCGAGUUCAUAAUCUAGCCUACCGCUCGGGCGUGGCUGUGAUUAUGAUAGCAUGGUGUACGGCGCUGCUAAACCGAUUAGUUAUACCGUUUUUGUUAAGCAGCACUUUGCGCAGGCUAAGUGCCAGCCUUCGUAUCUUCGGAAUAUCACUACCUUCCGAUCUCUUGACCGUGACUGUGGCCUAG